ACCAGUCGAAGACUCAGCUUUCUUCCGAACGCAAGUCGCUCUCUCACCUGCUUUUUCGUCUCCGAAGACGACGUCGACUCUAAAACUACGUUCACGCCAAUUUCUCCUCACGCGCACAGAUCGCGCUUUCCUUCUCUCUCGAGGCAGUCCGCGAAACUCUUUUCUUAUCACUGAUAACGCGACGGCUUAUCGGAGUCGUCCUGUGCUCGGGUUGUUUCCCGCGGGAAUUGUGAAGUGUCCCCCGAAAAUUUUUCUUCUCCCGGUGUUUUUUACAAUUUUCUUCCUACUGGUGGUAAAAGUUCACGCGCCUGAGUUUCGCGCAAAUAUGGGAAGUGUUUUGACAAAGUUCUGAUCAAUUGUGCGUGUGUGUGUAGGUGUGGUGCUUUAUCCUCGUCCUGCGUCGCUCAUGAAUAAAAAAGGUGAGGCCUUUUUUGAUGACGUCACUAAAGCUGUUUCCUGGCUCUCGCAACCUCUCUUAUCAACACAGAAACAGGCGCAUUUUUGUUGCAUCCUUCUUGGAUCGAGGAUCAAGCUGGCUCGGCAGUGGCAAACUAUGCUGCGCUCGAUUUUUCAGACGCAACUCAUAUAACGAGCUCGGGCACUCCCGCUCCGUCUUCCCUCCGCACCAACCAUCAACGACUCAAGUGACAACUAAUUGCUACGGAUCCGAUUGAGGGGCCUCUUGGCCAUGACCAGUCGUUGUGCACCCACCUCACUCCUGAUAAUCUGUUUCCAGGUUAUAAUCAUGUGCAUCGGUUGGAGUUGUGGGUCGCAGUGGGCUAGCCCUGCUCAGGAAGCACUUGACGAAGUGAACGAUGCGCGAAUCUUCAAAGCUGUCCUCGACUCGGUCACCGAAUACUACAAAAAACAAAAACACCACAGGCAUCGGCGGGCCGAGUCGAAGAUCUGCUACCAGUCUGUGGGCUGCUUCCAGGAGUCGGGCCCGUACGGGUACAUCGACAUGCUCCCGAGCUCCCCGCAGGAGGUCAACACGCGCUUCCUGCUCUACAACUCGCGGAAGGGGCGUCGCGGGGACACGCCGCUCCUGGACGUCUCCUUCGGGAACAUGUCCUCCGUCUGGGACUGGGCCGGCAAGGCCUUCAACAUCUCCGCCCCGACCAAAGUCAUCGUCCACGGAUUCGGGAGCUCCUGCGCCAACGUCUGGGUCUACGAGAUGCGCUCCGCUCUUAUGACCGUGGAAGAUUGCAAUGUGAUAUGUGUGGAUUGGGAGAACGGAGCGACUAUCCCAAACUAUGUGCGAGCAGCAGCUAACACGAGGCUAGUCGGGAAGCAGGUUGCCAUGUUAGUUGAGGGCCUCCACACUAAAUUGAAAUUACCCAUCGAUAACGUACAUAUGAUUGGAUUCAGUCUUGGUGCCCAUGUAGCAGGGUUUGCCGGUGCUGAACUCAAAAAUCUCAGCCGUAUCACAGGUCUGGAUCCAGCUGGACCAUUAUUCGAGAGCCAAGACCCAAGAGCAAGAUUAGACUCCACUGAUGCCAAAUUUGUGGAUGUGAUUCACUCAAACGGAGAAAAUCUAAUAUUGGGAGGUCUUGGUUCAUGGCAACCAAUGGGCCACGUGGAUUUUUAUCCAAAUGGAGGUCGAAUGCAGAAAGGCUGCACUAAUUUAUUUGUAGGAGCUGUUACCGAUAUCUUAUGGUCUGCCUCAGAAGUAUACGGACGAAGCUUGUGCAACCACCGCAGAGCGUACAAAUUCUUCACUGACAGUGUGUCACCGCGUUGUCAUUUUCCUGCUGUUGCCUGUGAAUCCUAUGACAAAUACCUGAAGGGUGAAUGUUUCACCUGCAAAGAUGAAACAGAGUGUGGUAAUAUGGGCUACUAUGCUGAUAAAUCCAACGGCCGGGGAACACUCUACUUGCUGACAAGGGAGGAGGAGCCUUUUUGUGCUCAUCAGUAUCUCGUGAAAAUUGAAACUACUCCUAUAACUCCUCCUGCCAUUAGCUUCGGAAAAAUUCAAGUUACAUUGAUUGGUGAUCUCGAACUGAAUGAAACUUUUACCAUCACUCAAAAAGAGGAUGAAGAACUUCUAGCUGGAAGAACCGUAAGCCGUAUUAUCGUUCCUCACCCUGCACUUCAAGAAUUUCGAGCGGUCCAAGUUCUUUACAUAGCAUACAGCGGCUGGUUAUCAAGUGGACUCCCAAGAUGGAGUAUUGAUAAAGUCACACUCACUGAUACAUUUGGGAAAAGUUUGUCUGUGUGCAAAAAAGAUUUAGUUUUGGAAUCGGGCAUUGGCAUCGUCCUGCCAUUACUAUCCGGUGAAUGCAACUCCGUAAUUUCAGAUGAAGUCUGGCAAGCAAAUAAUGAUACCAACAAUAACAUUAUUGCCAACAGCUACAACAACUCUUUUGAAAAAUACAGACCUCUUACUCAAGUGAUACAGAUUGGAGAUGAAGUUCUCACAGGAAAUUCAAGCUCAGAGAGGGAGUCGGACAAAAACAAAUUAGAAAACGCAGAAUCCAAUUACUACAAUGUAGAAUGGAAGCCUGUCAUUGAUUACGCAGAGAUUGGAAAUCCAGGGAACAGCAUUGACUCUCUCAGAAAGUAUGACCCUGAAAACAGUGGACGCGGCUUCUUGCAAGCAGAAUACACUGACUCCAACAAUAAUACGACCAAAAAUUUUACAACCUCUGAACCAGAGCUGUCGCAAAAUGGCACCACCGAGUCAACAGUGAACAACAUCGUAACACUUUCCAGCAUUGCGAAAGAUAAAGUUCUAAACUCUACGGGAGGAUCUACAGCCUCUGCGCCCUCCGCUGUUACACAACCUAGUAUACCACUAAGUUCCAGUUACUCAUUGAAAAAUGACAAUAGUAGUAGUGAGAAUUAUGUAGAGAAAUCGAUUAAUUUAAAACCGGACCGACCGUAUGAAUUUGUGAUAGAUGGUGAGAGUGAUGUGUUCUUACACCGCAACGUGACAACUGCCAGGGCGGAAAUCAAAGAGCCUAUCUUGAAGGCAACAUCCACCAAAGCCCCGAUGAUCCGCGCUCGAGGCAUCAAAGUCAAUGACUCAGGUUGGAUGCCGCAGCAAGAUUUGAAUCCUCCGUCAAUUGGAGCGACCGAAUCCUGGCAACAUUGGCGAACAAAUAGUACCAAAUUUACACAGAUUCCUGUGUCCUCAGAGAGAUCUUACUCUGCCUUAACUGUACAGUAUUUACCACAACGGCUGAUUCAAUUUUUAGAGCAAGCAGAAAAGUAUGCAAGGCUUGCAUUUUCCCCGUUCAUAACUGAAUCAAGUCAAAAUAAUUCCUCCAACCAAAAAUCAGACCGCACAACGCGGAGGCUGAGGUACCUACCCACCUCUUUCCUAGGCACUCAUACAAAUUCAAAGGGUGAAAAUGAAGGGUCCAAAACCCCCAAAUCAGACUUAGAGACUAGCGCAAGUGAGUAUAGGAAUUUUCAUAUAAUGAUUCCACACCUGGCGGUGGAAAAGAUCAAUAAAUUAAAUAAUGAGCGCAAGUACAUUCCUCUUAGGUACAAUGUUGAUAGUUCAACUCAACAAAAAGCUGGGCUCAAGCUUAGACUGAACAAUGCCAUUAGAGAACAUAUGGAGGUACCUCUUGUCGAAGAAGUUACUGAUGAUGAAUCUAGUUAAUAGAUCGUUUAUUUAUUUUAGUUUUAAGUUUUGUUAAAGUUUAAAUGUUGCUCCUAGUGUAUUUAUAAGAAUAAACUAUUUCGGUUGAU